UGAGGUUCAGGGUAUUAAAUGAUGAGCACAGAGGGAAGAAGGCACAGUGAAAAUGGCUCUCUACCAAUUUCUGUGUGGUUCAGCGGUGAUGAUCAUCCUCUUAUCCAAUGGAUGUCAUUCACAACAGCAGCCAGCAUGUGGCCGGGCACCAAACAACCCCAGAAUUGUGGGAGGUCAAAAUGCGGCUGCAGGAAGUUGGCCUUGGGUAGCCAGUAUACAAGUGAAUGGCAGGCACCAUUGUGGAGGGUCCCUGAUCAGCGAUAUGUGGGUUCUGACUGCUGCUCACUGCAUCGUUUACCGCCCCAACAACAUGACGGUUGUUCUGGGCCUCAAAAGCUUGUCUGGUCCAAACUUGAACAACGUGUCAAAGGCAAUUGAUAAGAUCAUAGUCCAUCCUUCAUUCAACAUCUGGAAUUACUACUAUUGGUACAACAACAACAACAACGACAUGGCUCUUCUGAAGCUGUCGAGCCCGGUGAACUUUACCAACUACAUCCAGCCGGUGUGCUUGGCCUCUGAAAACAGCACCUUCUACACCGGUGACAGCAGCUGGGUCGUUGGUUUUGGUGCCAACUCAAGUGGUUUGGAUGGCCCCCUAGCCGACACCCUGCAGGAAGUGAGGGUCCUAGUAGUGGGAAACAAUGAGUGCACAUGUGCCUACCCGUACAAAGAUCUCACAGACAACAUCUGUGCUGGGUUCAGAUCUGGAGGGGAGGGGUCAUGUCAGGGAGACUCAGGUGGACCAAUGAUGAUCAAAAAGGGUUCAGUCUGGGUCCAGAGUGGCGUCGUGACUAUUGGAAGAAGCUGUAACUUGCCGAAUUUUCCUGGAGUUUACGGCCGUGUGUCCCAGUACAAAGACUGGAUCACAAAUCACACUGGCUCUAGCAAGCCAGGCUUUGUUGACUCCAUGUCCCAGGGAGUUGAUAGCGACUUGGACUUUGUCUGUCCAUCAAACCCCACCCCCACCCAACACCCCCAUACCACCGAUGACGAAAGUUUGUUUGGCAGUGGUGAGAGAGUGAUCUCCUCACUCGGUCUUCUCCUUAUGUCUCUCUAUGCGCUGGUCGGAGAAAAAUGCGAGUUAAAGGUGAACGGUUUAAAGUUGUGGGCGGAGCUAGGUAUCAGGUUCAGGGUAUUAAAUGAUGAGCACAGAGGGAAGAAGGCAAAAAUGGCUUUCUACCAAUUUCUGUGUGGUUCAGCGGUGAUGAUCAUCCUCUUAUCCAAUGGAUGUCAUUCACAACAGCAGCCAGCAUGUGGCCGGGCACCAAACAACCUCAGAAUUGUGGGAGGUCAAAAUGCGGCUGCAGGAACUUGGCCCUGGGUAGCCAGUAUACAAGUGAAUGGCAUGCACCAUUGUGGAGGGUCCCUGAUCAGCGAUAUGUGGGUUCUGACUGCUGCUCACUGCAACCCAGAUCGCAACAUGACGGUUGUUCUGGGCCUCGAAAGCAUGUCUGGUCCAAACUUGAACAACGUGUCAAAGGCAAUUGAUAAGAUCAUAGUCCAUCCUGCUUACGGCGACCUUCUCAACGAAUUUGAUAACGACAUGGCUCUUCUGAAGCUGUCGAGCCCGGUGACGUUUACCAACUACAUCCAGCCGGUGUGCUUGGCCUCUGCAAACAGCACCUUCAACACCGGAGACAACAACUGGGUUGUUGGUUUUGGUACUACAUCAAAUUAUGGCCCCCUAGCCGACACCCUGCAGGAAGUGAGGGUCCCAAUCGUGGGAAAAAAUGAGUGCACAUGUGCCUACCACGAUCUCACAGACAACAUGAUCUGUGCUGGGUUAAGAGCUGGAGGGAAUGAUUCAUGUCAGGGAGACUCAGGUGGACCAAUGAUGAUCAAAAAGGGUUCAGUCUGGAUCCAGAGUGGCGUCGUGAGUUUUGGAGAAGGCUGUGCCUUGCCAAAGUUUCCUGGAGGUUACACCCGUGUGUCCCAGUACGAAGACUGGAUCAAAUAUCACACUGGCUCCAGCAAACCAGGCUUUGUUGACUACAUGUCCUCAGGAGUUGAUAGCGACUUAAACUUUGUCUGUCCAACAAUCCCCACCCCCACCCCCACCCAACACCCCUAUCCCACCACCCAACACACCUAUCCCACCACCCAACACACCUAUCCCACCACCCAACACACCUAUCCCACCGAGGACGGCAGUGUGUUCGGCAGUGGUGAGAGAGUGAUCUCCUCACUCGGUCUUCUCCUUAUGUCUCUCUAUGCGCUGGUCGGAGGCAUAUAA